AUGACCCUAAUUUUAGUAUCUUUCGGUUCGCCAGGGUCGCUAGGUUUUAGGAUGAUGUUUCUAGAUAAGGACGGUUGUAUAGUGUCGCCGUGGCAUAAUAUCCCCUUAUACGGGAAAAACACGUGGCUGAACUUCGUUUGCACGACUCCGCGAGGGACGUGGGCGAAACACGAUUUCGCGCCGGAAGAAUACACGCCGUUACGAGUUACUCCGAGUUCGCGAAACGGCGAACCGUCGCAUUUUGCUCGCGACGCGCCAUGGCACAUCGGCGCGCUCCCGCAGACGUGGCAGGAUCCCGAGGAGGGAGAGGUCGAAUUUGGCGAUGUUUCGGGAUGCGGAACGGCGGUGGAAGUUUUGGAUCUGUCGCGUCAGCCCGCGAAACUCGGGCAGGUGCAUACGGUGAAGCCGAUUGGUGCGAUUCCGGUGGUGCGGGAGGAAGGUUUGGCGUGGGUGGUGGUUGCGAUUGGUGGAGGGGAUCCCGUGGCGAAUUUGCUGAACAAUUUGGAUGAGCUGCCCGAGUUCAUGCCGGGCAGGCUGGAAGAAAUCUACGCGUGGCUGGCCGUGUGUGACGCUACAAGUGCAGUUUCCCCCCGACUGCUCCCCCUACCAGCUUCCCCUCUCCAUUCCUCUACCCACCUGCUCCCCCUCCCCCUCCCCUUCCUCCCUCCACGCCUCCCCUUUGCCCCCACAGCGGACAAGCCAUCAUUCCUACCGCGAAUGCGGGUGGCGGAGCAGGGGGCGGGUAGGGCGCUGGGGGUGGUGGCGCAGGCGAACGCGGCGUGGCAGCUUUUCCUGCACGCGCAUGUGCAGCCGGACCCCUGGCUACCGGAGUUCGACGUUUUCGCCACAAACAUACUUCAGGCAUGCUGGCGAAAAUACACAGACGAUCACAGCCGUACAAUCCUCCCUGUCUCGUCUGACGGCCGUCCGAUUGCCAUCAGCAGCGCCGUAGCAGCAGCAGAGAGGGAGGCUAGGGCUAUCGCGACACCAAGAUCCGGCUCAGCUUUCAAAUCGCCCAAGCAUAGAGCCGCACCCCCUGCUGGUGGUGUUGGUCGCACUGUCAGCCUUGGUGUUACUGGGAAUGGCACUGGUGAUGACACGGGGAAUGGCAGUGGGGAUGGUACUUCUGGGUAUGGGGCUGCUACAGUCACACCUGUUGCGGCCGCUGUCCCUUCUGUGGGUGGUAGUGGUGGCAUGGGAUGGCACAAUGGUUUUGGUUCCCACGACCCUGCACAGGCACGCUAUUUUCCCCAGCAGCGGCAGGACCACGGGCAGAUUUCUGGGCGGAAUCGCGGGCAGAAUCACGGGCAGCGUAGUGCUGACAUUGGUGCUGCUACAGCAGCUUUUGGAGCCACUAGCGGAUUGUCUACUAACGAGUCUGUUCGUAACGAAUCAACUGUUAUUGAGUCGGCUAUAAGGGAGGGAUGGCAAGCGCCAGGUGUCGUGCAGCGAUUGGAGCGGAAGGUGUCGGAACAGCGGUGGGCUGAUUUUCUGUCUUCGGAAGGAGUCAGCACUGGUGUCAGCACUGGUGUCAGCACUGGUGUCAGCACUGGUGUCAGCACUGGUGUGAGCAGCACGACCAGCAGCAGCACCAUGCGGCUAGUGGCUGCGAAAGCUGCUGCUCGGGUGAACCGGCGGUGGAAUUCAGUGGCUGUGGAAAGACAGCCGUUCAGAGAGCAAACGGCUUUUGAGGCCCCUCAAAACUCAGUGACAGUGGAACGUCGGCCGUCUCGAGAGCAAGCGGAGGGCAUUGUUGGUAGUACUGCUGCUGCUGCUGCUGCUGGUGGUGGUGCUGCUGCUGCUGCUGCUGGGGGUGGGGGUGGUGCUGCUGCUGCUGUCGCCAUCGGUCCUUCUGUUGGUUUCCUGCCAAGGGAUAUUUCUUAUGAAAGCAGCUUUUUGUCGCAGGGGAACGAGGUGAGCGACUUUUGA